AUAAUUAAUGAUGGAGGUUACAGUUAUUUGAGCCAUCUAAUAAAACUCAAUGAAUCUGAGAGUAACCAAGAGAUUACAAAUACAGUAGAAUUGUUUACUUUUGGUAAUUUGCAUGAUUAUUAUCAAUAUAAGGAUCAAUUCAUUUCAUUGAAUAAAUCACAAUUGACACAUUUAUUGAAACUUUCUCUUUGGGAUCGAUUAAGUGAGAAUGAUGGCAAGGAAUUCAAUUAUAAUGAGUUAUUUGAUGUCAGCAUUCAUCGAGCAUUAGAAGAAAUCAAUGAGGAUGAAUUUUUCAUAGAAUUAACAUUAUUAGAUAUGAGGAAUGCAAUUGAUUUCAGGAUAGAUCAGGAGAAUAAUAAACUAAUAGUGAACAAAGUGUUGUUUUUACGAGAUGUUUACGAUGAGAGAUUAUAUAAGAUGAAAAUCUUACAUAAGAAAUCCAUUGAAGAUUAUAAAAAGGAGUUAAUCGAUUGGCAUGAAAAGAUUAAAAGCACAGUCAAGGAUUAUUCCGAACCAGAACGAACAAGAAAGAGGAAAACCUCAGAUAACAUGGCAUGA